GCGUUUGGAGUCCCGCAGCCCGCCGAGGGUCGGCGGGCGGCGUCGGUGACGGCCCGGCAGUGGAGGGAAGCCGGGCGGCCUUCUCAGGUUCUCCAGUCUCCCAGAGGAAAACGAAAUCAUUCUUUGUAUCAUGAGACUCUCUGAGGCAUACAUGUUGCAUCACUUAAGGCAGAGAAUGAAGAUGUAGAAAACACCAAGACCACCUCUUCAUUGGCUUCUGUCUCUGAUCCAGCACCCCAUUCCUCACCUCACAGCCCUUAAAUUGACAUGCUCUCAUCCUCUGAGAGGCCACAGAUGGUAUCUCCAGGGAGUAAGGAUGCCACGGAAGAUCUACGCAAAGCAGCCAGUGCCUUGGAAAAUCAGGCUUUGGUGGAACAGGAUUUACUGCCUGCAAACCAGGGCCAGAUCUUCAACAAGAGUUCUAUUAUGCAGAUGGCCAAGUACCAAGUUCCAAAAAGAUCUGGGGACAUCAUUAUGAUCCAGUCUGAGCAUACAGGAACCAUAGAUGUUCUUUCAUCUGAUUUGGAAUCUGCAGAUCUUCUGGGGGACCACAGGAAAGUCUCCCCACCUCUGAUGGCUCCUCCAUGCAUCUGGACCUUUGCCAAGGUGAAGGAAUUCAAAAGCAAGCUGGGCAAAGAGAAGAACAGCCGUCUGGUAGUGAAGAGGGGUGAGGUGGUGACCAUCCGGGUACCUACCCAUCCAGAGGGGAAGCGUGUCUGCUGGGAGUUUGCGACUGAUGACUAUGACAUUGGAUUUGGAGUUUAUUUUGACUGGACCUCUGUUACCAGCACCGAUAUAACUGUGCAGGUCAGUGACUCCAGUGAAGAUGAGGAGGAAGAAGAUGACGAGGAGGGCAUUGAAGAACCUGUUCCUGUGGGAGAUGUGGAGAGAGGUUCCAGGAGCUCCCUGCGGGGUCGCUACGGGGAGGUCAUGCCUGUGUACCGACGAGACAGCCACCGAGAUGUGCAGGCUGGCAGCCAUGACUACCCUGGUGAGGGCAUCUACCUGCUCAAGUUUGACAACUCCUACUCCCUGCUACGCAACAAGACUCUCUACUUUCACAUCUACUACACUAGCUGAAGGACUCUGGGAUGGGGGCAGGCCAUAUUUUCUGGCUGAAGCAGCCUACGAGCUGGUGCCUCUUGUUUUGGAUAGGCAAGACAAGAGCUGAAAGUUUGUGUGAGGCUCCUGGGCCUCAUGCCCUGCCUGGCAUGCCUGACUGUUGACCUCACAUAGCCUUUUCCCCUUCUUGGCUUCUGCAGUUGGUGGUAUAGUGCCCCUGUUCUGUGGUCCCUGACUCACGCUCUUGUUGCUUCAAAUUCCAGCGAAAUCCCUCUCUGAAGGAACCUACCAGGCAAAAGCCUAAAAGGAAGUAGAAUGUUAUCUUUUAAAAAUGGAUUUGUGUUGGUACAAGGCUUAUCAUUCAGAUUGCUGCUUGCUCCCGUAAUGCCAAUGCAUUUGGUGGCACCCACCCUCUUUACUUUUUGAGGUGCCAGAAGAGGGGAAAGCACAUUGUCUGCGAUGGAGAAAGCUCUGUCCAGCUUCUCACCACUGCCAUAUUCCUGCCUGCUGGGUAUUCUUGGUCUCUAGCACAGAAUGGGAGACCUCACUGCCUUGGAGGAAUAUUAUUAUUAUUGGUAGUUAGACUCCUUUUCUUUUUCCUGAGUCUGUGUUUUUGCCACACAGCAAGAACUUUUCAUGGAAUCUAAAGUGAUGAUCAGUGUAACCUAAGAUCUUCUGGGAAGAAAAUUGGCCUCUGUCAUUUCUUGUUUCAAGAACUAGUUUCCUUUACCAAGGGUACCAGAAGUUAAAUGCAGAAAGGGUGGAAAUUAGGUACUGAAUUGAUCUCAGAACCUACACCUUUGAAAGUCAAGUGUUACUCAAUUUUUGAAAUAUAUAUAAUUAAAGAAGGAAUGAUAUUAUUUGAAAGAAAGAGUUCAAAAAAACACUCCCAAUUCCCCACUUUUUUUUACCCCUCCUGUCUUUAUGGUGGGAGUGUUAUGUAGAAAUUUUUCUUUGGAACCAAAUGCAGUGCAACCCAAUCAGGUGUCCAAAGUUUCUGGACUUAGGUUUUUUGCAUUGUGGGCUUAAAGUUUUUGGUGUUCGGAGUCCCUUAGGAAAGGUGAUAAUGAAACAUCACUGUUGCUGCUGAUUGUAUGUGUUCUUUACCUGACCAAAGCUUGCAUUUCCCUGGUGGCAGCCUUUCUUACUCUGUUCACUCUGAUGCUCAGGAGCACCAGGGAGUGCAGCUGGUGCUGCACCCAGUGCUGAGCACCAGGUGCCAGGGCCUCAGAUGGAGAAGGAACACCAGAUGAGGUGAGGCUCUCGGCAGUCGAUUGUACCUCCUUAUUUUUCAUUCCUAUAUUAAGUCUGUUAUUCCCUUCCAAUUUUGAAUAACUAGAUUUAUUUAUUACUUUACUUAUUUAUUUUAGCAUAUUUCAUUUUGCCUUUCAAACCAUUUCCAUCCGUUUCUCAGAAGGCUUCCCAUCUGCUCAGAGCCACAGAGGCCACUGCUUUUACAGAGUUAAAAUGAUAAUUGUAGAAGAAUGUGGGAAGCGAUUAAGUUCAUUCCUGCAGGUCAGUCCUGUGAUACUCUGGGAGGAGUCUGCUCCUUCAGACAUGGAUGACACUAGCCUACCCUAUAUUUAGGUACAGCCCCGCGCUCCCUGUGAGGAAUUCCAAGUUGUGAUGGAAUCCACCCAUUUGCUGGGAUUUGAGUGCAAAGGAACUAACUGGCCAAUCAGUGACUAGCUAAUCACUGUGAUUCCAGGAUUUCAUAGUCCUUUGCCUCCUCUGACUCCUGUUUCAUGCAGUUUCCUUUGGCUCAUGCCUUCAUUAUAUGGAUGCCUUGCACUCUCCCUAUAGAAGCAGUCACUGUAAGAGCAGGACUCCCCUCAAUAGUUCUGUGGUAGCAUAUUGUCAGGAGCAAAAGGCAAUACAUCCUGACCCUCUGUCCCCUGGAAGCAAAGCCCCAAGAAGAAUAGCAUGUUGUGGAUGGCCUUAGCAUUCCUAUUCUCUCAGCAGCAUCAUACUUCCAUUAUUUAAUCAUCAUAGAUGUAUUUUGGGGUUUUUUUUUCUUGUCUUUCUUUUUUUUUGCAGUACUGGGGAUCAAACUCAGGACCUUGUGCCUGCAAGGCAGGUGCAGUACCACUGAGUUAAAUCCCUGGCCCUGUAGAUGUAUUUUAUAGAUUACACUGGGCAAAAUUUAUAUACAUUGUGAUAAAUUAUUUCAGUGACUGUUUGGGCAGUGAAAAGCAAACUUGCUAUGCAUCAUCCCAUCAGAUAGCUGGGUGAUCACUCUUUCAUCACCGAAGUUGAAUCAUGCCUUAGCUAAUUGAAUAUAAUCUUUGUUAAACAAUUUUCUACUAUGCUGUUUUCCAGUCAGCAAAAGCCUUGCUUAUUUUUCCUGUUUAUUAUCAACUUCUGAGUUUCUUUCAAAAUGGAGCUAUCAGGUCAUACAUAGUAAGCUCCCAAGGAUAAUACGUAUUAAUUUUUACUUUUGCCAUGGAAUUGUCUUUGCUUAUUUUCUUUUGAAUCCUAGUUUUGUUGCAUCAGGGAAGCCGAAGACUUGAUCUCAUCACUUUCAUGUGCCUCUUACUGUCUGGUCCCUUUUGAAGUUCUGGGCAUUAUAUUCCUUACUGUUUUUUUUCUCAGUGGGGAUUCUUUGUUCCAUUAACACAAAAUAGCUAGAAGAAGAUAUUUGCACUGUUGAAUGGAUUCACUCUUCUCAUACUAAAAUUCUAAAAUAAUUGAACUUUAGGAACAAAAUAUUUACUGAAGCACAGGUAAUUACUGAGAACUUAUGGCCCAGCAAAUUCUAGAGGUGGUCGCUUCCUCAGUCCCUUCCUGUUCAAGUUUAUAGAACCAAACAAUGAAAAAUCAUUUGCCUUCAUGCUACUCUGUUCCCUAGAGCACAAUUAAAUAUUAAGAAACAGUUAAAUUGCUUCAUAGUAUGGGAGAGAUUGAAUUCUCUACACAGAGUGGCUGGGUUCUUAAAUUUCUUUAGUUUGUUUAGUUUUGCUACUUUGUUGAGAGAUGAAACUUUUAGAAAAAGAAAACUUUUGGCCUUGCAAGUACAAGGUUCUGAGAUCAAUCCCCGGUAUCAGAAAAAAAAAAAAAAAGAAAACUUUUUUUUUUUGAGACAGGGUCUUGCUAUUAGUUCAGGCAGGCCUUGAAAUCACUAUGUAGCCCAGGUUGGCCUGGAACUUUCAGCAAUCCUCCUGGGAUUACAGGCCUCAGCCUCCCAAGUGCUGGGAUUACUGGCAUGUGCCACCAUGCCCAGCUAGGAAGACAUAUUUAAAGUGUUAUUUUUUCCAGCAUUUUAUUGUGAAAAUUCUCAACAAAUAAAAAAAGUAUAAACACACACACAUAUGGCACAUAAAAUUUAAAAUUAUCAACUGCUAAUUUUUUUUUUUUUUGAUACUGGGGAUCAAACUCAGGACCUUGUGCUUUUGAGGCAGGCACCGGAACCACUGAGCUAAAUCUCUGGCCCCAUCAAUUGCUAAUUUUUUUUUUUUUGUUUUGGUUUAGGGUUUUUUUGAGACAGGAUCUCACUAUGUAGUUCAGGCUGGCCUUGAACUCACUGUGUAGCUCAGGCUGGCCUCAAACUCAUGGUGAUCCACUUGCCUCAGCCUCCCGAGUGCUGGGAUUAUAUGUAUGUGCCACCGUAUUUGGCUUUUAACUGCUAAUUUUUAAAUAAGGAUAAUUUCAACCCAUUUCUCUUGGCAAGUGUCAGUCAGAGAAUGUUUCCUAUGCAUAUCAAGUCUCCUGUGUCAGAGAGUCUUGGUUUUUAGCAGGCCUGUUUUAUCAACGUAGUUUACUUGGGAUGUCACUAGUCUUGGUCUCCCUCUUUCAAAACUUGUGCUGAAUUUCUCCUUUUCCUCAGGCUAUGAUUUCCACCAUUUUCCUUUCUAAUUGGCAUGUCAGUGUGAAGGUACUUGAGAAGCUGCUCUGGAGACUUUUAUUCUAAUCUGUGUUGCUUUAUGAUACAUCCUCAGGACUCUGAAAUUCAAACUCAAUCCUUAGAUAACAGUAGCUUUAUUACAAGUAGAUAGCAACUUGAAAUUAGAAUAUUUUUUCUUAAUGAAUUGAUUCAUGCACUUUAAAAAAUAUUUUUAUCUGUUAUUUAGGAAAGCAAAAUGGACUUUUAAAAGUGUUUAUUGUCCCAUUAUAAUGUGGAUAUGGAAGAACUACAUCUGUAAGCUCAGUAAGUCUUAUGUUAGUCAAUGGAAUUAGAUAUUGUGAAAUUUAUAAUAUGUAAAUUUAGAACAUAAAAUUUUUGUUGAGCCCCUAUUUAGUCCCGCUUAAGAGGAUUAAGGAAAAUCCAAACCCUGAAGUCUGUAUUUUGUAUAUAUUUUUAAAGACCAUUUCUCUGCAGAAACUUGCCUUUUAACCUCAAAGUCUGUGGUUUUAAGAUUUGGCGUUGAGUAACUCCAGUAUACACAUAAAAGUUUUUUGUUUCAGUGGAGAAUGAGAGAGGGGCAGAGGUUGAAACAAUUUUGUGCCACCUGAGAACUGCCUUUUAAAUUGAUAGCAAGGACUAAGAAAACAAAAGGGGAAAGCAAAGGUCUCAAACAUAUUUAAGAAUUUUGCUUUUAUCCUAAUUUAAUUUAAUAUGUUACUUUGCAUUUUGUUCAUUAGAAUUGUUCUAAUGAAGUCUUACUGGUUCUCCUUGGGUAUGUUAAGAAUUCCCAAGUUCCUUUAUGGUCUUUCUAACAGUAUCAACUAAAAAAAUUCUUUCCUUUUUGCAAUACUGGAGAUUGAAUCUAGCCCUUUUAAUUGAUUUUUUGCUUUGAGACAGGGCCUAAGUUGCCCAGACUGGGCGUCAAUUUGCGAUCCUCCUGCCUCAGCCUCUCAGAGUGCUGGGAUUACAGGCAUGCCCCACCACACUCAGAUUCAACUAGAAAUCUUUUUGAGUAGGACUCCUCUGCUAAAUGUAAUGCUAACCUGAGGAUUAAUUUCAUCUCUUUGUUCUUUGGGAUUUAAGAGUAAUGCCAUGGAAAAGAUAGAUAGAAAAAGGCUGAGAGGAGUUAAUUCCAUCUGUGGUACUGUAGUCACAAUUGGUUUUGGAUAAGGAUGAAAUAAGUUCAUUUGAUCAUCAUUACCUAAGAGCCUAAACUGUAUGAAUGGGUUUGGAUCAUUUCAUUGUAGGCCCAAUGAAAGCCCGCCACAUUGGCAACUGUAACCUAUGUGAGAUGGUUGCACACAAAGCCGUAAGUUGAACACACCACACACAGUUUUUUCUCCAUCAUAGGACCUCUGUUUAGUUUCCCUUGGGGGCUAAAAGAUGCACAUCAACCUGUUUAACUAGUUUCUAAGUGUAGAAUACCUAGAUACCAGAAUCUGCUGGAAGAGGGAAGAGUAGCCAUCCCUGCAUUCUUGGUGGUUCUGUCUGAAGGAAGGUAAUUCCAUUUCGUUGCUGUGUGACGGGUAGGUAGCUUGUUAAAGGAUGUAUGUUCUUUACGGAGUGUAAGUCCUUCUAUCCAUUGUGUGUUUGUGCUCAGGGAGUCAUCACAUGUGCUUCUUUGGAGAGUAGGAAAUGAGUAUCAAAAGCCAGUCAUAAGUAUCUGCUUUCCAGUGACCCAAGUACUCUUGUUUCCUGGUGGCCUCUUUUUGGGAAUAGAAGGAGACAUUCAGGCAAGAACUGCUUUGGCUGUGUGUGCAUAUGGUGAUGGUCAGUGGCAGCCCUUUGCUCCAUGGAACUCCUCUAGCACUAUGUAAAUCCCUAAAUACUAUCUCAGUUAUUGUAGGUGAGAAGUUAGGCUGGAGUAUCUGACCCAAAGGUUAGAAAACUUUACUAAGCACUGCAUGGCCAGAUUUCGGAAUCGCUGCACUCUGGAGUGUGCAGUGUUCCCACUUGACCAGGAACACAGAGGCUCUCCUGUUUGAAAACUCCUUGUAUUGACACUAAGAAAACACAGUUAAUAGCCUAGAGCUCGAUAUAGUAUGGACAGCACGGCUCCUUUAAAAAUUUUCAUUCUUCACAAACUAAGUCCAAAGGCAAGACAAGAGGCUUUAAAGUUGUUUGUAAUCCUGGUCACUGAUUUGAACUCCUGAUCUGAUUUCUGUUAUAUGUACCGUACUUUCUUAUAGGCCCCAGGCACGUAGAUCGCAUUUCAUGUCAUUACUCUUCUUUAUUCUAAGACAGUGAUCCUGAACCUUUUAGAGCUUACAGUGAUACAAACAGCCCACUGUGGCACACGUACUGUAAGUUUGCCACCACUGCUCUAAGAUAUAUUGAAAACAUGUCCUAGAAAUUUAGAGAUAUGGGCUAUUUUAUGAAAUUUCACAGUUUUCUUAUCAUUGAAACAGAUUGUUUUGUUUUAUUUAAGUGUAAAAAAUAAAAUAUAUGAAAUUACUUUCAGGGACUGUAUUUUCUAAAGUUUUGAUAUAGGAUUAUAAACAGUUCUGAAGUUUUGGGUUGAAAUACAUUGUAUAUAGCAGCGAUGGUGAACCUUUUAGAACUUUCAAUGAUCCAAACAGCCUGCUACAGCAUGCGUGCCAUAGAUUUGCCACCACUGGUAUAAUACUGUAUACCAGUGGUAUAUAGUGGUACUGAAGAGCCCUGUCAAUUUAAGGGUCUCUCUUCUUGAACUUUCUUCAUCACUCAGGGUUGCAAUGCCUAGUCUGCAAUAUCCUUUGUUACAGAUUGUUAUUGUUGAUUUUAGGUUUGGACCAUGAAUCAUCUGGAAGAUACCUUAAUUCCUUCUCUUAUGUCCUAAACAGUACAUUUUACUUUAGAAGUCCAUGUUAAAAAUACCACUUGUCUCUUCCUGAGAUUUUUUUUUUUUUUGGUACCAGGGAUCGAACUCCGGUCCUUGCGCUUGCAAAGCAGGCAGCAGAACCACUGAGCUAAAUCCCCGGCCUCUUCCUGAGAUUUUGUCCCAUGAGUUAAUUAGCUUUCAUUGAACCAAGCUGAGUUAUUUCCAUUUACCCAUGUUGGAAAACAAGUAAAGUCUAUAGAAAGCAAGUAGUCCUGUGAUCCAUGACUCUGGUACAACCAUUUUCCCUUAAUAAUAAUGGGAAGUGUUUUGAAAUUCCCAGAAGAAAUGCUGGGAUGCUUUACAUUUAAAAAAAUCAUUUAUAAAUGCUUAGUAAUCAAAAUAGUGCAUCCUAAGAAAGACUUUGGGUAAGGAUAAUGGGAAUACAGGACGGUGCUUGAAGAUUUCCUAAACUACUUUAUGCCACUUAGCUUAUAUUUCUGAAGGAUCUGCUUUGUUGCUAUGUACUCAUCUAUCAGUUAAUUGAAAGUAAUGUUUUCUAAAAAAAAAUAAUAAUAAUAAUUUUUCUUAGUCAAUAUUUAAGCAGUUACCAACCGUGAAGACAGUCUUUCCCUUCUGUUCUACAUCAUACACUGAUGCUGACAUUAAAAAAGGGAUGUUGAAGGAGAACUGUCUCAGCCUUGUCUUUUUUCUUUAAAAUACAAAAAUAUCCUAAUUAAUCAUUUAUUGUAGUCAACUUGUUUUAUAUGUCACCCUCUCGAGAAAUGCUGUCAAUAUCAACAAUUUCUAUGUUAAGAACCCCAAACUGUUAACUUAAUCCUUAUGUCCUGCUGAGUGGCUUUUCAUUUAAAAUACCAGAUUUUAUCACCCUGUGGCACUCAGUGUGUUGCUGUGAUACACUGAUGAUCCCAGCUAUGUUCUUUAAAUAGCUUGGUUCUUGUGUUUUUAUAUUAUGUAACAAUUUUGUGAUGCUUUUGUGCAUUCUUUGUCUUCUCUUCAGAGUUUUGAAAUCUGUCAUAAAUAAACUUUUUCACUGUGCACCUGAAA